AUGAAGGUGGCCGUGACUGGUUGCUGCCAUGGCGCGCUGGAUAAGAUGUACGAGACGCUCGAGCUGAUGGAGCAGCGUCACGGGCACGCGCGCCCGGACCUGCUCCUCUGCACCGGGGACUUCCAAGCCGUCCGCGACUCGGCCGACCUGCAGUGCAUGGCCGUCCCCCCCAAGUACCGGCAGAUGGGGGGCUUCGCGCAGUACUAUUCUGGAGAGAAGAAGGCGCCGGUCUUGACCCUCUUCAUUGGAGGAAACCAUGAAGCCUCCAAUCAUUUGCAGGAACUCCCAUAUGGUGGAUGGGUAGCUCCAAACAUCUACUACCUUGGUUAUGCCGGAGUAGUAAAAUACCGCGGGGUGCGAAUCGGUGGGAUCUCUGGCAUUUUCAAAUCUCACGACUACAAAAGAGGCCACUUUGAGUGUCCCCCUUACAACCAGAAUACCUUAAGAAGUGUCUACCAUGUGAGAAAUAUCGAAGUUUUCAAGCUCAAGCAGCUGAAGCAGCCCAUGGAUAUCUUUAUGUCCCAUGACUGGCCCAGAGGUAUAUACCAUUACGGGAACAAGAACUCGCUGCUUAAGAAGAAAGCCUUUUUCCGCCAAGAAGUGGAAGACAACACUUUGGGAAGCCCCGCUGCGUCGGAACUUCUGCAGCACUUGAAGCCCGCGUACUGGUUCGCGGCGCACCUUCACGUCAAAUUCGCAGCCAUGAUGCAGCACGAGGCCAACGGCAGUGAGCAACAGCCCAAAGCGACAAAAUUUCUGGCCUUGGAUAAGUGUUUACCUCGGCGAGACUUCCUUCAGAUUGUAGAGAUCGAGCACAACCCCAGCGCCUCUGACUCCCUGGAAUACGACCCGGAAUGGAUUGCUAUUCUCAAAGCGACUAACAACCUCAUCAACGUGUCUCCAAACUCCUGGAAUAUGCCCGAAAACAACGGACUGCAUGCCAAGUGGGAUUACAGCGUUACAGAAGAAGAUAUCAAGGAGGUGCUGGAAGAGGCCAACAAUGACCUUCAGAUUCCCCAGAACUUCAGCGCUGUUGACUCAGACAGCAACAAAUCGCAGCAGCGCUCAAUGCCGGUUCACAGAAUCAAUCCCCAAACCACCGAGUUCUGUGCCCGGUUUGGCCUGGUUGACAUCAACAGCAGAAUCCAGCAAUUGAGAGAGGAGAUCCUGGCGCAGAGAGGGGACGAGGAGGAGGAGGAGGAGGAGGAGGAGAUAGACAGUACUGGGGAGGCCAGUGACUAUAAUACUGAUGUGUCUGGGUUGACUACCUCGGUCAACCCUGACGAGAUACUGCUGGAUGACGAAGUCAGCGGCGAGGAAGAUCCAGACGACAGCUCGGACCAGCAGUCGGACGCCACCUCCACGAAUUCUGAACUCAGGAGGCUGCCGAGCAGCAUGAACGUAUCGUCCGACGAUGGCCCGGACAGCACGAGCGCUGACCCCCCGGGUCAGCUAAGUAGCGGGACCCAGGAGGAAGAGCAGAACGCCUCCAACAAGCCCCUGAAGCGGAUAAGCCUUGGAGACGAAGAAGAAGAAAAGAGCGGCAAAAAGAAAAUUAAGAGACGGAACCAGGCCAUCUAUGCAUCACAGGAGGAAGACGAGGUGGAAUGA